GCUGGAUAACCCUGUGGCUUCGUACAUCCCCAUCACCCUUUCAUGUCCUUCGACCCUCCAUGCUUAACGGCAUCCCGGGCAUUACCUGACUCUCAAGACCGACACCCAGAAUUAAGCCUGUCUGUUCCAAACUUCCGUGAUUAAUUAAUAACGGUACAAGUUAACUCGUCACGAACAACAUUCAACCAAUCCAUGUACUUGUUCUUACUCGAAUCUUCUUCACGCGUGCGGUUCCGUACGAUGAUGACGACAACAGUGACUCGUUGAUAUCCCAUAAAAUCAAAUCUAUCGAUUUUCCGAUCAUCAAGAUCGUUCUUUCUUAACCAUGACUACCACCAAAUCGAUUCUUGUCCUCCAUGGUUAUGCUCAAAAUGCCCAUAUCUUGAGCAAACGCCUCGGAGCCUUGCGGAAACAAUGUGGAAAAGAUGUCGACAUGGUCUUCGUCGACGCACCUCACGUCCUCCAAGCUGAAGAUCUAUUUGGUGGUACCUCAGAAUCAAAUGAAAGCACCCUUGAACCUUCAUCCACUGAAAACCCAACGCUCACACCUCGAGGAUGGUUCAGAGCCUUCGCCGACAAGACCCGAGCCGUUGGUCUGGACGAGUCACUUAUCUUACUCCGGGACAUCCUCAAAGAACGGACAUACGAUGGCGUGUUUGGAUUUAGUCAGGGAGCAGCCGUCGCCGCUUUGCUAUGCGCUCUGUUGGAAAAACCAGAAAGCUAUCCACCAUUUCUCAUAGAUGGUAAACCACCGCAUCCACCUUUCAAAUUUUGUGUCGCAGUUGCCGGGUUGAAGAUUACAGACCCCCUCGCAGACGUUCUAUUCAACCCACCCUAUUCCACACCCACACUUCACAUCCUAGGCAAAACCGACGUCAUAGUAUCCUCAGCUCGCUCCCAAGAGCUCAUGGACGUCUCAAGCAACAAACGAAUCGAGGAACACGACGGAGGCCACUUUGUUCCUUCUAAAACUCCGUGGAGGAAAUUCCUCGCUGCAUACAUACGGGAUCCGUCCGCUGAUGUACCAUCUCCCGUUGUAUCCGAGUCGACGCCGAAUUCCGGAACUGCUACGCCUGUAGUGAACGCAUGAUCAUGGUGCUUAUAGAAUGUCUGAAUCAUGGAAUAAUCCCAUAGAGCUACCAAUGAAUAGAGUUUAUAGAAUUAAUCGAAGGCGAGUGG